CUCCCUGUUGCGCUGCGCGGAGUUGAACCCCAGUAGGAGCAGCAACCAGGAGAGGACGACUUUGCCUGACCUCGUUUGCGCUUUGAAUAUGUUCAAAUUCGUCAGGUUUUGCUCUCCAAAUUCUCCGAGCUCAUGGUGAAGAGAAAGAAGAUACCGUCUGCUUCCGAAGAGCUGGAAAAUGGGAUGACAGUUGGCCAAGGGGGCGGUUCGGGAGUUGAGGGGACGAGUAAACCGGCCCGAAAUCCCGAAGGAGACGAGGAUGGAGAAAGCGCAGAUCAGGAGACGAGUACAAAGAGAGACGGAGAGGAAACACUUUAUCCAGCAAGCACGGCCAGCCCCUGUUCGGCUCCAACACUUUCGACCCAAACAUCAAGCCCACCCGGAGCCCAGGUGAACCCGACAGCCCUCUCCUCAGCCCUGCCCGUCCCGAACAACCAGGACCAGCAUCAUUUUCUCCGCUCCAGCGUGCGACCUCCGAGCAAGCGGAUACGGAAAGAUGCCGCGUCCCCGGCGCUGAACGGUAACGGCGGCUCGAAAGCGAAAGGUGCAGACACAAGUCCCUCUGUCUGUGUGACAGCUGCUGCGGGUUCCACUGGAGGGGCUGGGGCAGGUGGGGCAUCCAGAUCGACCCCAAAGGGCCAGGGCCCUGCAGAGAAGGAGGAUGGGGGAAGUCAAAAACGUGUGCGCAGACAGUGGGAGUCCUGGAGCACUGAGGACAAGAACAGUUUCUUUGAAGGACUUUAUGAGCAUGGUAAGGACUUUGAGGCUAUUCAGAAUAAUAUUGCUCUUAAAUAUAAAAAGAAAGGUAAACCAGCCAGCAUGGUGAAGAACAAGGAGCAGGUGCGCCAUUUCUACUACAGGACCUGGCACAAGAUCUCAAAACACAUCGAUUUCAACAAUGCCUAUUCACGUGUUCUGAAGAAGUCCUCUCAAGAGCUCUAUGGUCUCAUCUGUUAUGCCGAACUCAGGAAGAAGGUUGGAGGCUUAAUGGAUGACAAAAAUGUGGCCAAACUAAAUGAGCUUAUCCAGCAGGGGGCCACAACAGUUCGUUCCAAAGGCAGAAACCUGAGGAUCAAAGCUCCUAUGUGCCGCGCACUGAAGAAACUCUGUGACCCAGAUGGUGUGAGUGAUGAGGAGGAUCAGAAGCCUGUGCGUUUACCUCUUAAGGUUGCUGUUGAGCUUCAACCACGGAGUAACCACUCCUGGGCUCGGGUUCAGAGUCUAGCCCAUAAUCCUCGGCUGAGGAUGGCUGUUGAGCUGCACAGGAAGGUCUCCAGUCUCAUUGAAUUCCUGAAGCAAAAGUGGGCUGCGCAGGAUCAACGAAUUCGCAAGAGCCUUGCAGAACGAGAAGCUCUGAAUGGCCUGGCCCAGUGUAGCGAGUCGGAGGACCUGUUCCUGUUUCCGGCAGAGAAUAGUACAGUAACCACUUUACCAGGUGUGGCUCGUGUAGUACACUCAAAGGCAUCUUGCACGGUACACUGGCAGGAAAGUGGGCGUGGCCGGACAGGCAUUAGGGACUUACCUGCUGCUCACAUUCUGGGAAUUCAGCCUGCUAGAGGGAAAUCAGGCAAGAUUUGCCCAGUGGGAGUAGACACAAAACGAAGCGAUGGACAUCCCAUUGAUGGUUCUGAUAGCAGCACUUCAGCUCCAGGGUUAGAGAACAGCGUAAACCCAGCCCUUAACACUAACUCUCCGUCUUUAACUCCAGUUAGCCCAACAUUCCCCGAUGGACAGGAUGGAAGUGGGGUGUGGACUGUGGAGCAAGAGUUGGUGAGUCAGACUCAGACAGAUUCUAAUGAGAGGGAAAAUGAAACUGUGACUCAGGGAGAGCCCUUUUCUACAGAAAACAGGACUGAGGAACCUGUAACAGCAGGGGGGGUUAUAUUAGAAAAAGGCCCACCACAAUCUGAAGAGGUGGGCGGGACUGGACGAACUCCUCAGCAAAUUAGAGAAGAGGGCUGGAGCUCACAGGGCUCUGAGAAUGUGACACUGGCAGAACUCUACCUCAUGUUGGGCAAGCCUGGGAAACUACAGCUGGAGUAUGAAUGGCAGCCAAAGCCCCGCCCCUCAGCUCUGCCCACUACACAAAGUGUGUUUCGGUGUCUGCUGAGACUGGUUUCAUCAGAGGUUAACCCCAAGCCAACUCCAGAUGUGUGUUCAGUGGGGACUUCACCAUUGAAGUCAGGGCAGGAGGAAUCAUCUGUAACUACUCCAGGCAGAACUCCAGCUGGGACGACUCGCAGCCCUAUCUGGGGCCGGCAGCAACAUGCAGCACGCUCUAAAAUUCUUCUGAAUAAUGCAGUCAUCACAGGUGGGAGAAACCUACCGCGUUCUCUGCUUGCCUCCGGAGGUGACAGCGAAGGGUUUGCUGUCCCAACGACCCUGCCUCCUAACAGCUCCCGCCAGCUGAGGAUGUUCUCUCCUAAUAAAGAGGCGGAGCUUGCCUUUCGCCAGCAGCUGGACUCCAUCAAUUCGGAUAUUUUUUCAAAGCAGCGGAAAAUAGGGAGGGGCCGUCCACUGAGAAAACCUCUUGUUGUUCAGAGAACACUGCUGCCACGAACAACUGGAGAUACUUCACCACAUGUGUGCUCCUUCUCCAUUCUCUCCAAUUCAUCUGCUACAGGCACGGGUUCUUUUCGUCCAAUACACACUCGUCUUGCACCAUCGAAAAGCCAACUCUCUUCAAAAGAUCCGUCCACUGCAGCUAGUCCUGGGACCACCAGUCAUCUCUCCAGUGCAAUCGACCUGGCUGCAAAAUCUGCAGGCAUUAUCCCUGCCAGCCCCAAUCGAGAAAUGGAGGCCCCUAGCAUUGAUAAAGCCAUUGUGGACUCUGAAGAGGCCAUGGACUCUGCACCUGAGCUAGAGCCGGAUCUACUUGAUCAGGAGCCCUCAGAGGGAUCUCUGCAGAAUGGCGCCUCUCCACCAUCUCCAGGGGGUGGAGACUCCCUCUUGGCCCCUCCAAGUGUUGCUUCCUUAUUGGAUAUAUCUCUGCCGGGCCCCCCAGAGGAGUCUCUCCCUUCUGGAGACCAACAGACCCACAUCAGUGACUCUAUUAUCGAGCUCGCCAUCAACUCGCACUAUGGUGACGGAUCAUUGCUCUCACCUCCUAAACUGAAUGGGAUUGAUAGAUCUAAGCUCCUGCCCUCUCCGUGUGAUAGCUGGAUGCCGUCCCCCACACACGACCCUCAGUGGUACCCAAGCGACUCUUCUGAUUCCAGUCUCGGCUGCCUGCUCUCAAGUCUGGCAUCUCCUGAUAAGACAAGAAGGACAGCCCUACCCCCCUCAAGCAGUACAGCCUUACUUGGACCCAGUUUGCUGGACAGCAACUCGCAUGAUUGUUUUCAGUCCCGUGGCCUGCCUGAUGUAACCGAGAUGGAUACCCACCUGGCCUGUAUGAUGAGUGAGAGCAGCGUUGAUUACAUCGCCCGCUUCAAUGACCUCGCACAGGAGCUCUCUGUCACAGAAACAGUCCUCCCACCUCUAGGGGGAGAGGUCUGAUGCUAGCGGCAUGGUCCCUCAAUACCCCACCGCUCCCAUAUAAAACAUAUGGAUGCUCGUGGAGCUGCAUUAUCACAAAAAAAGUGGACUGAACAGAAGAAUGUAAACCAGAGCAACAGACCAUGUGGUUCAGCUGUUUUAAGUGCAAUAGACUGCCAGGAUCCACGAUAGCCUUUGAGUUCAAAUGUGUUUUUGUGGAUUUGUGAAUGAAAGAGAGUGUGCCGUUUGUGUAUGCGUGUGGUUGUGAUUAUGUGGCUGUUGUCUUAUGAGCCACAUUCAGAACACUUAAACAAAUUCCAGUUUACAACGCAACCUCAUGUACAGACAAACCUGCCAUAUAUGAACAAAUAUCUUUAUUCUUAUCUGUAUGUGUCUGCUAAUUUGUCUUUGUCUCACUUUUUGUGUGCAUGCUUGUGCAUGCAUAUGUAAGUAGAGUCAAAGAUGGUAGUCUUGUGUGUUUUUGUCUCUAACUUUCCUCUACUGUACACAGUACAUCUGUCUUAACUUUGUGGAAAACCCUCUAAAGCCAUAGGAGUGCACCUGAUGUGUGUAGGUGCACACCCUACAUAUGUAAGGCGUGUUUUACUUUUGACCUCAAAGGCUGAUUGGUUUAUUUUCAUUUGAAUGUUUUUGGGUGGUGAAAACCACUGUACUAAAAGAAACCGAUCUCAAGGGCUUUUUUUUAUGAGAUUAAUACAAGAACUGAAUAGAUUUUUAACACACUAAAAUGUUAAUCAUAACACGAAUGCAGUGAUGCAUCAAAAGCAAGAUCAAACUUUUUUUCCCCCACAACACUAGGGUUUGGUUUCCUGCUUAUAGAAUAUGAAGCCAAUAAGUGGAGGAUUCUCAAAAAGGGUUAUCUCAUAUGAGACUCUGCUCUUUCUUUGUGUGAGUGCGAAUGUGUGCAUAUGUGAGUGUUUGCGCAGAUAUGAAUAGACAAUAACAUAUCCCAGUAUUCCCUGCUUUUUGUAACAUAUUGUAAAUUAUUGUAAUUUGGAUUAUUUAUUGAUAACUCACUGAGAACGUGUUUUUGUUUAACAUGCCACAAGCAGGCAUAAAAUGCUCUCUGCUGUUUUAAAGAUAUCUGAUUGUUAAAAGUAUAAAUUGAGCUACCACAAACCCCUCUGUGUCUGUUUGUUACACAUUUAAAGGCAAUUUCUGUAUAUCACAUCCAUUGUUCAUAAA